AGUCUGUGUUAGGUGUACAUACAUUUUUUAUACCGAGGAAUCAGGUAGCUACAGACUAAGUUAAUCCUCUUGGACAUCUUUUCAUGCCUUUUCCUCAUGCACCUUACGAUUCUCACCCAAGUUCUUCCCCACUCCAAACAAUUUAGAAACACACGCACGACCACCACCAUCAACCGACACGCCGAACUUGCAGACAAGCUUGCACAUCUUUCUAAUAACGACGUCUCACUUGUUUCCCUCCUCCUCCUCCUCCUCCUACUAUUCCUCCUCCUCACUCGUCCUUCCCGUUGCGCUUAUUUUGUUGUCAAAUCUCCGUAACCUUAAGGUUUCUUGUCGUCUAAAUUCCAAAGAAGAACUGCCCAUUCUUCCAUGCCAACUACCCGUCUCUUCCUAUCCCGUCACCUCUAACCAAACCAUCUUUCCUAUCUUCCGUCCAUUACUCAGUACAUACCUUACUUAGCGUUUUCCCCCUAUUACCAUACCAUAUCAUACCAUAUUUUACGAUUUACGAUACCAGCAUUGUUAGUCGUGGGGUCUUUUUUGUUUUGAUUUCCUUGACACUUCAACAUACAUUUUAUUCUAAUCUUCAUUUUGAAUGGUGCAGAAAUUUGCGUAGCGUGAUCUUUCUAUCGUGGAAAUCUGCAGUUCCGGGAGCCAGCAAACAAGCAAGCAAGCAUAUCAUAAUAUAGUGUCGUUUCGUUCCUUGUCCUACGAUCCAGACUCGCUGCAUCAAAUCGAAGAGGGGAGCUGAGAGGGGAAUACACUUAUAGAAGGUUAGUUUAACUUUAAGAUCAUCUCAAUUGAUUCGAAUAUCAUUUCCAAACCUUACCCCACACGAACUGCACUGCAAAAGCAAGCCAGCGAGCCAAAGGAUACGAUAUUUGGAUAGGUCUCCCCCAUUCCCCCUCCCCCCCCAAGGUCUCGAAUUUCGUCUUGUCAGUCAAGCGACCUACCUAUCACCUACGUACAUACAUACAUACAUACAUACAUACAGUACGAUACCUCACUGUUCGUCCCCAUAGUCUUACCCACCACAAACUAUGGGAUCAUCUUGCCCCCUCCAAUCCUCUUUCACUUACUUCCGACCUCCCUGACCCCGAAACAUUCACUCUUCUUUCUCUCAUCAUAUAUGCAUAUACUUCCUUCUCUUUGAGCCUCAAUACUCUCCAGCCUAACCAUCUCUUUCACUCUUCUUCGCUUCAAUACUAGCUUUCUCUUGUUCAUUACCCCUCAUUCACAUCAGAUGAUACCCCUUCAUAAUGUUAAUCAAGAACGCCAGGAACAACAAAAACGUCAAGAUCAUGGAUCCAGAUUGCGCAAUAUGUUCUCAGCCAGCCAUCGCAAAAUGCGAGUGCGAAGCCAAUGGCCUUACCGUCGCUGUGAGGCAGGCUGAACAGAGAAUGAUGUCUACUGUUUAUAAUGAUAUAAGGUACUGUCUCCCAUGCAUCCUUAUACCCCUCCUGUUCAUAUACUCUCACCCUCUUAUCUUCUCAUUAUCAUUUACAUGAAUGAAUCUAUCAUCUGCACAGCAACAACUAUUAAUCUUCUUCAUAAACAGAACCUGGGUCCGCGGCCACGCCCAAGAUUACAUACUUACCUACUUCAGCGUGCUCACUACUCGCCGCAAAGACGAACAUGCCGCUCAAAUACACCGCAUAACCGAACGAGCAGCCUACUACUACAACGCGCGGCCACACCCCUCUGAAGUUGCCCAAGCUGAUGCGGAACUCAAACGCGGCAUCGACGAAGAUUGGCGCGCAAGCGUACAACGUUACCCAGAAGUCCUCGAGUAUUACUUCAGCCUAGUUGAAUUAAGUUUACCAGGCGAUGAUGAACCUGGGGUACGCGAUCCACCUUUAUCGGCGCUAGGAGGUGGAGGAAGAAAAGUGAGAUUAAAUGAGCCUGGACCACAGAGAGGAUCUACACCUGCUGUUUCGGACGGGGGAGAAGAAAGGGAUAGGGAUAGAAGGAGGGAACAGAGAAGGAUUGGAACGCCUGCAAACGACAGAGAAAGGCAUGCCGAUAGACAGAGGAGAGAUAGUUUGAGGGUUGAAGGGAGGAAUAGACCGAUGACUGCACCGCCACCCCCAGCAGGUCCACAUAUGCCGCCUGCACAAAAUCCUCCAAGGAACUCGAGGGCGGCUCCACAAUAUGCUCCUACGCCAGGAUAUGCUUAUGUUAAUCCUUAUUGAGAUUGAUGAUGAACUUCUUUCUCUUAGGAUAAGAGGAGGGAAGAUAUUUGAAUUGAAGAAUGAAUAAAUAACUUCAGCUGUGCGUAUAUUAUCGCCAUAAUGUUUCAUGGGUAGGGAUUAAUGAUUGCAGCUGAAGUUAUGGACGCCAAAAAAGUAGGCCUAGCAUCCUUGAUUAGCAUAGCCACCUGGAUACCGCUUGAUUUUGAUCGAAUCAUCAUGGAUAUAGUUCAAAGUUUAUAUCAACAUCUUUCCAUCUGAUCUCGGACCGGAUAACUUAAUUCUCUCUUUUGUACAUACAUCAGUCAGCUUGUCGGAUACUUGAUUGUUAUGAUUUAUGUAUUCGAUCAAUCUCAUCAGUUCCCAUCUCAUAUCAUCAUAUCACAUCACGAAUCUCAUACUUCUUACGAUCACUAUCUACCUACCGUUACGAUAUUUAACGAAGCCCACGACAAAAGACUGGUUGGCUUUUUGGCUUUUUGGUUUGCUGCAUAUCAUCAUCUAUUUAGCAUAUUAGCGUCAUGGUCACCCAUUCAUCUAUUCAUCAUCAUCAUCUGUCAAAUUGCUUUGAGGUCGGAGCUAGAGCCGGAUGGGCGGAUCUUGUCUUGUCUUGUCUUUUCUUCGAAUUAUGUUGCUGUGUUGUGUAUGGUUUGGUUUGUUGUGUAUGCUGGCUGGUUGAUAUUGGCUUUAUUUAUUUAUUUAUCUAUACCUUGUUUCUUCAUGGCCCCGUAGAAUGAAUGCGUUGGAGGGAGGCUUUCUCUUGCUCUUUAUAUCAUAAGAUUACCAAGGUACUAUAUGAAAGAAAUAUUUUUGUUAGGUUGUUUUCUUUAUGCGUGUUCUUGUUUUGGCAUUUUGGAUUUGGGGAUCGUGUUGAAUGGGGUUUCCUUUUUGGUGUAUGUGUGUGUAUAUAU